UGAUGCUGUGGAACAGGAAGUACCAGGAGUUCGACCAGGUUGUGAGCUCCGUCACCACCAAAGUGAAGGGUGUGGCACAGACACCCGUACCCGGGGUCGGUGACAUAGUGUGGGACGUGGUGGACUACAGCGGGCCUGUUCAGGACAAAAACUCCUUCUUUGUGGUGACAAAUGUUAUUGUGACAAAGAAUCAGAAGCAGGGAAAAUGCCCAGAGGUUCCUUCCACGGGCAGACAGUGCCGCUCCGACAAGGACUGUGAAACAGGAGCCUGGGGCCAGCAGAGCCACGGGGUUCAGACGGGAUCCUGCGUCAAGUUUGACGUAAUGAAGAAAACCUGUGAAGUUUUUGCAUGGUGUCCGAUUGAAGCCCAGACCACCCCUCCAAGGCCUGCUCUGCUGGCAGCAGCUGAGAACUUCACCGUCCUCAUCAAGAACAACAUCAGAUUUCCAGCCUUCAGCUUCAUCCGUCGGAACAUCCUUCCCCAGAUGAACGAUGCGUAUCUGAGGAGCUGCCACAGAGGGAAUGACUCUCUCUGCCCCAUCUUCAGACUCGGAGAUAUGGUUCGAGAGGCCGGGGAGAAGUUCUCCGACAUGGCCGUGGAGGGGGGCGUCAUCGGCAUACAGAUCAAAUGGGACUGUAACCUGGACCGGCUCAUGCAGCGCUGCCUCCCUACAUAUUCCUUUAGGCGGCUCGAUGAGAAAGAAAACAACAAGACUCUGUACCCAGGCCUCAACUUCAGGUUUGCAAAGUACAACAUGGUGAAUGGCGUUGAGGAGCGAACGCUCUACAAAGCUUUUGGAAUCAGAUUUGAUGUCAUGGUGUUUGGACAGGCAGGGAAGUUCAGCUUCAUUCAGCUCAUCAUCUACAUUGGUUCAACUCUGUCAUACUAUGCUCUGACAACGGUUUUUAUCGACUGGCUACUGGAAACCAGUUGCUAUUCUGCAGAGGUUGGACAGAACUACUCUGAGAAGAAAGUGGAAUCAGUUCAAGACACACAGCAGUGCAUCCUCUGCGUGUCAUUUGUUGAUGAAAAGAAGCUUCGGCUGGUGAAGAGAUCACGCAAGAAAAGUCUCCAAGACCUAAAACCGAUGUGUGUUCAGCCAAUCAAGGAGGACUCAGGCCACCUUGGAGCCGUUCUCUGUGGCUUACAGCCGGAUGUCCAUAUGGACCAUAAUGCUCAGGUUCCUGUGGGCCAGAAACCAGACCCCGACCAGAAACUGCGCCGUCCAGGCUGGUGUCAAUGUGGCUGCUGCAUUCCCUCUACUGUCCCCCAUGAACAGCUGUGCUGCAGGCGGAGUGAAGGGACCUGCAUCACCUCGUCUCUUCCGUUUAAACAGCUGGUGUUAGGCCGUUCAUUGCUGCAGGCCAUCCUCCUAUACCAGGAUCCUUUGUCUCCCCCUGUUGGUGGGGCUCAGAGUGCCGCCCUGCGUCAUUGUGCCUACAAACAAUACAUCAGCUGGAGAUUUGGGGUCCCACCUGAUGACACCCAUCCAGUUAUCCCCAGCUGCUGUGUGAGUAGGAUCAGGGAGGAGUAUCCAAGUCAAGACGGACGGUACCGUGGCUUCACACCCAUGAGGAUGGUCUCCAUUGCGCCUUAAAAUAAUACAGCGAAAGUCAAAGUCCCUCUAAGUGAAAGAUCUGCUAAAAGCCUGUCUUUUUUUGCAACACUGGGAAAUUAAAAAGAGAAGAUGCAUAGUUUCAUUAAGUUUGCAGAAAAAAACUAUAAAAACUUUACUAAACCAAUAAUCCUUCAGUUUUUCAGUUCCAUAAAAGUAUAUAUAUUUUUUGUCUUUUUAACAUUGUUUACAAAUCCUGUCUUAUUGAGGUAAAAUUAGGGCUUAAAGCCUUGUGGGAGACUGUGGCUUGCUAGAAAGAUUAGUUGCCUUGAAACUGUGGAGUUGUGAGUUUGAAUCCAGCAGCCUAUGUUAGCCAGGAGCACCCUUGAAAAGGAAAAAAAAAAAGCUACUGCAAAAUGAAGAUAUAAUAAAAGGACAAUGUUGAUGAAUGACGGCUAUAGUGUUUGUCAUAAAUUGGAAAACCACUGUACUGCAAAUCCAGAUUUCUGUCUUAAAAACCCUUUCAUUUAAAUGCUGGAUCUGGCAGUGAGAGUGAAAUCUCUUGGUUUGAUAAAGGAGAUGUUUGAGGUUACAGUUUCCAGAUCAGCUGCUUUCUGAAGUAAUUUAUUUCAUCUGCAUUUCUAAGAGUCCACUAUCUCAAUUCUAAAUUUUGAAGAUGUUGCUCAAAUAUUUUGAUCAUGAGGGCACAAAGGGGCUCUUGAGAUCUAGGGAUGGACAAACCUGGUCAGAACAGUGUUUUGUUUUACUUUGUAUGUAAGAUGGUUGUUACUUUAAAGAUCUGAAAGCAGGUUUUGCCGUGGCAAAAUUGUAUGUAUGGGAACAUAUAUGGUGGGCCUGAAGGUUCACAGAAGCACAGAAGAGGUGAAAUAAAUGAGACUCAGACAAAAUUGGAAAUUGCAGGCUUGUAAUGUCUCUUAUUUGUAAAGAACUUUGUAUAAAUACCAUUG